AUGGUUGAAGGAACUACGCUACGAUGUGGUAGACACGCAAAACAGGUCGUCGGGGAAGCAGAGAGUCAUGUGCCAGGCCGCUUUGAUGGAAAAUGGAACCUCGGCGAACGUAGGCGAAACGGUCUGUCGCUGGCCGCCGGCCGACCCAUGCUGAAACAGAGCUACAUAGCCGGGACUACCUGA